AAAGCCCCCAAAUGCGGAGUGGUUGCGGCCAGAUUUCCAAUUGACGCGUUCAAUGUCCUCAACUCCGGACAUGCAUGUGGCUUUUGCCCAUAGUCUCUCCUGAAAGACUGAUCGUUUAGACCUUAUAACUUCGGACUCUCUUCCUCGACUAUGAAAGCCGCUUUCACGCGCAUUCCCAUGAGCAGCCUUUGCAACUCAGCGUGAUGGACGCGCUGGCUGUUUCAGAGGCCCACGCUACAGGGGCGGACGCCCCAAGCAACGACAAUGAAAUUGAGGAGAUAUCAAGCGGACAGGCUGAGAAUAAGUUUCAGAAGGCUAUCUCAGCAUGGCGAAAUAUCGACCUGUCCACGUUGAUGCCCCAACUCGAUUCGACCGCUUCGGAAAUUGUUUCUCAGCAGAGGGAUGCGUUGGUGGAGCGGAAGGAUCUUGCUCAAAAAACAAAGGAUUUCAGAAAGUUAGAGGAUGCUGCAAAGUUGACGGAGUACAAGUCAUUGCUGAAAUCCUAUCAGACAUUCAUUGAUUUGAUCACUGGUCAUGGCAAGACAGCAACUUCAGCCUUCCUCCAGCUGUAUCAGUCAUUGUCAGAAGCGCCGGAUCCUUUCCCCCUGCUCGAAGCCUCGGUGGAUUCCCUUGUAGCAUCGGAAGACACAGUCCCGAAACUCACCACAGAAAACCACCAACUGCUGUCCAGGGUCAACAAACUGACGGCACAGCUAGAAGAGGCAGAGAGCAGACUACAGGACGAGAGCAACGCACGAAGAGAGGCAGAAGUCGGAACGGGGACUAAGGUGCAGGAGAUCGAAGCCAAGUGGGAGAAGGUCCUGGAAGAGAAGCAGAGUAAUUGGACGGCAAAAGAGCAAGCCUUGGAGGAGAAGAUCGAGAACCAAGACAGGCUGCUUAAAGAGUUGAAGGCAAGCUACGAGGUGUCUCAGCGCCUGCAAGAUGGAUCUGCCGACAUCGCGGCGUCAAAGGCCGCUUCUGCAGAAUUGGAAAUGGUAAGCUCCGAGCUUGAGAAGACCAGUGCUCGUCUGGCCGAAAUCGAAGCCAGAAAUGAGCAAAUGCGUGUCGACCUUGCACGGGCUACCAGUCGAAACACGACGAAUCACGAUAUCGAGGACGAUCCGGCAUUCUUGAGGCUCCAGUCUGAGAACUCUUCACUACUACGAAAGAUUGAGUCUGCACGAUUCGAUAAAGAAACGGAGAAGCGUGAGUGGGAGAACAGACUUCGUCAGGCAGAACGACAGCGGUCUCAGCUCGCGAAUGACACCGACGAACUACGGGCGAAAGUCAACAAAUGGUCGGACUAUGAAGACCUGAAGCGGGAGCUGGACACACUUCGAUCGCUUGAAUUGUCAGUCGAAGACGAUGAAGACGCCAAUGGGACUGCCUUGAACGGGGGUGCAGAGAGUGCCAACAAGCAAUCUUUAGAGCAGCUCCUGUUAGCCCGCAACAAGAAGCUGAGCAAUGAGCUGACCAUUCUUCGAGUCUCUCACCAGGAUGUACAACGGCAACUCGACGAAUUGCAAGAGGAACUAUCACGAACCAAUGCCGAGCUAGAAAGGUCUCAAAAGCUGUCUUCGACCUUGGAAAAUGAUCUUUUAAGAAUGCAAGAGGAGGCUGCAAAUAUUCUGCCAUCAUCUGGUAUGUCCGUCGCAGGCACUCAUGUGUCUCGAUAUCCAUCAGGCUCUUUACGGCGAGGAAGAGCAUCCCCCACAUCAUCAAUCAUUUCUGGAUACGACAUGGCCCCUCGUACAAACACACUAGAUUCACUGCGGUCAGGAGAACCAAUGGGUGGGGGGUCAGGCAUACUACCCAUGAUCCAAGCUCAACGCGACCGCUUCAAGCAGAAGAAUCAACAGCUCGAAGAAGAGCUUUCGAAAACAUACGCUACUGUGACUGCUUUGAGACAAGAAGUUGCCUCCCUUCAACGAGACAAUCUAAAUUUGUAUGAGAAGUCGAGAUACGUGUCAGCGUACAGCCGCGGACCCACAACCACGUCCUCAUCAUCCUAUUCCGGAGCUCCUGGUCAUACCUCUGUGAAUAUAUCAGAUGACACUACAACGGACAGAUGGAAAUCGCAAUAUGAGGCGAAUAUAUCGCCUUUCGCGGCCUUCCGAGGCAGAGAAGCCACUCGUGCUUACAAGCGUAUGAGCUUCCCAGAAAGGAUUGUUUUCUCACUCACUAGGAUUGUCCUCGCCACAAGGACUUCUCGCAAUCUUUUUGCCGCAUACUGCUUGGCACUGCAUAUGUUGGUCUUUCUGAUGCUAUACUGGAUGGGCACUAAUGAUAUCGAUCGCACUGCCGCUCACCUGGGCGAAACUGUUGCCGCAGUUGGUGCAGCAGGAAUGAAUUCUCCCAAUUCCCACGGAGCAGAAUGGCAUCAGGAGGAGUUCGGGUAGACUCCUAUGACGAGGUAGUCAGCACCGCUCCGUCGCGUGUGUUGCUUCCUGUGCACCUGUCUCAGCCUCACUUCUUCUCUCCAGGCCAGUUCGUACCGGGCUAUACGAAGCACGUUGACAUGGUUAUGCUCGCUAUGCAUGCAGGAUAUACCUCCUGAUGCUUCACUUCUUUCGAUGAAACAUUACAUUCAAGCUUGUGUGAUUGAAAGGACUACCCCUUGCCUUAGACACGGGCUGGGGGCACAUAUGCUUUCCAGCGGUUUUAGCGAAGGAAUUUUCAUCUCUAUAUAUGCAUCUAUACGGGGUAUGGGGAACCAGGACU